AUGAUUGCCAGAGAACCAGAAACAGCCAAGCUAUGGUGCGAGGGCUUACGGAAGAUGACCACAAACUUCAAAGCCAAACAUGUAUGUCCAAUGACCUGUCUCAAGAAACAUUGGAUGAAAUUAUCUUUAAUGGUUAACCCAAGUGGUAAAAUCCCGGUGAGAAGUAUUACUCGAACAUUCGCUUCAGGAAGAACAGAAAAGAUGAUAAUGCAAUGUCUGAAAGAUUUAGGAUUACCAGGAGGAAAGAAUGAUGAAAUAGAAAAGUCAGCAUUUACAUUUGAUAAGUUUUAUGAACUUUACCACAAAAUAUGUCCACGUACAGACAUUGAAGAUCUUUUUAAGGAACUAACCGGUAAUAAAAAUACCUUAACAGUGAAUCAGUUGAUAGAAUUUUUUAAUGAGUUUUUCUUUUUCCUUUCUCUUUUCUUUUCCUUUCUCUUUUCUUUUUUUUCUUUCUUUUCCUUUUUCUCUUUUCUUUUCCUUUCUCUUUUCUUUUCCUUUCUCUUUUCUUUUCCUUUUCUAAUUUUUCUUUUCCUUUCUUUUCUUUUCCUUUCUCUUUUCUUUUCCUUUUCUUUUCUUUUCCUUUUCUUUUCUUUUCCUUUCUCUUUUCUUUUCCUUUCUCUUUUCUUUUCCUUUUCUUUUCUUUUCCUUUCUUUUUUCUUUUCCUUUCUCUUUCAAUUUUAUUCCUUUCUCUUUCUUUUUUCCUUUCUUUUCAAAAUUUCUUUUCUUUUCUUUCUCUUUUCUUUUCCUUUCUCUUUUCUUUUCCUUUCUAACUUCUUUUUUUUUCUCUUUUCUUUCCUUUCUCUUUCUUUUCCUUUCUCUUUUCUUUUUUCUUUUCUCUUUUUCUUUUCCUUUCUCUUUUCUUUUCCUUUCUCUUUUCUUUCCCUUUCUCUUUUCUUUCCUUUCUCUUUUUCUUUUCCUUUCUCUUUUCUUUUCCUUCUCUUUCUUUUCCUUUCUCUUUUCCCUUUUCUUUUUCUUUUCCUUUUCUUCGAUUUUUCCUGGCAUUUUUUUUCUUUCUCUUUUCUUUUCCUUUCUCUUUUCUUUUCCUUUCUCUUUUCUUUCCUUUCUUUUCUUUUCCUUUCUCUUUCUUUUCUUUUCUUUUCUUUUCCUUUCUCUUUUCUUUUCCUUUCUCUUUUCUUUUCCUUUCUCUUUUCUUUUCCUUUCUCUUUUCUUUUCCUUUCUCUUUUCUUUUCCUUUCUCUUUUCUUUUCCUUUCUCUUUUCUUUUCCUUUCUCUUUUCUUUUCCUUUCUCUUUUCUUUUCCUUUCUCUUUUCUUUUUUCUCUUUUCUCUUUUCUUUUCUCUUUUCUCUUUUCUUUUCUCUUUUCUCUUUUCCCCUUUUCUCUUUUCUUUUUUUUUUUUCUUUUUUCUUUUCCUUUCUCUUUUCUUUUCCUUUUCUUUUUUCUCCUUUUUCUUUUCUUUUCCUUUCUCUUUUUUUUCCUUUUCUUUUCUUUUCCUUUCUCUUUUUUUUCUUUUUCUUUUUUCUUUUCCUUUCUUUCUUUUCCUUUCUUUUCUUUUUUUUCUCUUUUUCUUUCCUUUUUCUUUUCUUUCCUUUUCUCUUUUUUUUCUCUUUUUCUUUUUUUUCUCUUUUCUCUCUUUUCUCUUUUUUCUUUUCUUUUCUCUUUUCUCUUUUUUCUUUUUUCUCUUUUUUUUCUUUUUCUUUUCUUUUUUUUUUCUCUUUUUCUCUUUUUUUUUCUUUUCUUUUUCUUUUCUCUCUUUUUUUCUCUUUUUCUUUCUCUUUUUUCUUUUCUCUUUCUCUUUUCUUUUUUUUUUUUCUUUUUCUUUCUUUUUCUUUUUCUCUUUUUCUUUCUCUUUUCUUUUCUUUUUUUCUCUUUUCUUUUUCUCUUUUUUUCUUUUUUUCUCUUUUUCUUUUUUUUUCUCCUUUUUCUUUUUCUUUUUCUCUUUUUCUUUUUUUCUCCUUUUCUUUUCUUUUCUUUUCUUUUCACUUAUUCCAUAGUUCUUUUGAUCAUUGCCCAGUAUGAAGAAAGUGAGGAACUGAAGAAACAAGAUUGCUUAAGUGUUGAUGGGUUCUGCCGUUACUUGAUGUCAGAUGACAAUGCUCCUGUCUUCCUUGACCGGUUAGACAUUUAUCAAGACAUGGAGCAGCCCCUUGCUCACUAUUACAUCAAUUCAUCACAUAACACAUACCUCACAGGCCGACAGUUUGGAGGCAAAUCAUCUGUGGAAAUGUAUAGACAAGUACUUUUAGCAGGUUGUCGGUGUGUUGAACUGGACUGCUGGGAUGGACGUAAUGAAGAUCAAGAACCCAUAAUCACACAUGGCAAAGCUAUGUGCACAGAUAUUCUUUUUAAAGAAGUCAUUUAUGCAAUCAAAGAAACUGCAUUUAUCACCUCUGACUAUCCAGUCAUUCUCUCAUUUGAAAACCAUUGUAGUAAGCCUCAGCAAUAUAAAAUGGCAAGAUAUUGUGAAGAGAUUUUAGGAGAUUUAUUACUUAAAAGAAAACUUGACAACUUUGAAUUGGAGCCUGGGGCACCACUACCAUCGCCAAAAGAUCUAAAAAGAAAGAUUCUGAUCAAGAACAAAAGACUGAAGCAGGAAGUGGAGAAAACCCAACUGGAGCUGUUCAUGAAGGGCCAGGAACAGGCUAUCAAUGAAGACAGUGAAGUGGCUGAAGACCCAAACUUAGUCUCUGUGGUGGAUGGAGAGGAAGAAACUAUAGAAUUGCCAAGUCAGACAGAAACAGAUGCUCAUCCCGAAUUCAUCCUUUCCAAGACGGAUUCUGUAGAAACUAAUGAUGAUACUAAGAGUGAAAAGAAAAGUCUUACAUUAUCAGGGAAAAAAGACUCAAGUGUUGGAUCUUUCAACCAAAAUUCACCGGAGGUUUGCUCCUCCUUAAGUUCUCCUGAGGGUGCACUGACAGCCGAUGAGGAAGCAGCACUGAUGUCCAGUUACCAGUAUACUGGUGCCACAACCAACAUCCACCCAUACCUUUCCUCUAUGGUCAACUAUGCCCAACCAGUUAAAUUCAAUUCAUUUGAAUUAGCAGAAGCUAGAGGAAUUCAUUACCACAUGUCGUCCUUCAAUGAAAAUGCUGGCCUGAGCCUCAUCAAACACAGUUGCUUAGAUUUUGUUGAUUAUAAUAAGCGACAGAUGAGCCGGAUCUAUCCCCGAGGUGGUCGUGUGGACUCUAGUAACUACAUGCCACAAAUCUUUUGGAAUGCUGGCUGCCAAAUGGUAGCAUUAAAUUUCCAGACUCCGGAUCUUGCUAUGCAGCUCAAUCAGGGAAAAUUUGAAUACAAUGGAAAUUGUGGGUACUUGUUAAAGCCUGAUUUUAUGAGGAGACCAGAUCGAACUUUUGAUCCUUUCUCUGAGAGUCCAGUCGAUGGUGUAAUUGCUGGACACUGUUCUGUAGAGGUUAUAUCAGGCCAGUUUUUAUCUGAUAAGAAAAUUGGUACCUAUGUUGAAGUGGAUAUGUAUGGUUUGCCGACAGAUACCAUCCGCAAAGAAUUUAGGACGAGAAUUGUCCCUAACAAUGGUCUCAAUCCAAUUUACAAUGAUGAGCCUUUUGUUUUCCGAAAGGUUGUCCUUCCUGAUUUGGCAGUCUUGCGGAUUGCUGUCUAUGAAGAUACUGGUAAAUUAAUUGGUCAAAGAAUCUUGCCACUUGAUGGAUUACAGGCCGGUUAUAGACACAUAUCACUACGAACAGAAGGAAACUUUCCAUUGUCUCUCCCAACGGUUUUCUGUAGAAUUAUUUUAAAGACUUAUGUUCCAGAAGGGUUUGAAGAUUUUGUAUCAGCGGUGUCUGCCCCCAUUAAAUUCCAAUCCAUGGCUGACAAGCGAGCCCAACUGAUGAAAGACAUGGGUAUUGAUGAGGAUGACAUUGGGGAUGUCCCAGAAACCAAAGGCAAGAACAAGACAAUGCCCAGUGAGAGCAGUAAACCUACUCCGCAGACACCAAAUGGUCCAACUAAAGAUCAGGCGAAAGAUACACCCAAACAAAUGAAGCAAACACCUGUCAGUGCACAACAGCAACCAGCCAAGAAAGAAGAAGAUCUUCAAUUUGAUAACAUCACUCGGGAAUCUCUGAUGAACGAAAAGGUAUACAGUAGACUGACAAAGAAGCAACAGAAGGAACUAGAUAUGAUGAAAAAAAAGCAUCAAAAAGAGCAGUCUGUGAUGCGAAAGCAGCAGUUUACGACUAUUGACAAGUUGAUUGCUGUACAUGAGAAAGAAAAGUCUGCAACAGAGAAAUCUUUGGAGAAAUUGAAAAAGAAAGGGGAGGAUGUUAAUCAAGACAGUAAAGAACAGAAAGUUCAAGCUCUUAUGGCUGAUCACCAAUCAAAGGUGACUGUUCUUGUAGCGGAACAAACUAAAGAAUGGUCAGAAAUGUUAGAGCGCCAACUCCAAGAGGAGCAUGAACUGAAUAAGGCUCACAUUCUCCAGCAGAAUAGCUCUGUGACAAAACUACUAGAAGAAGCCCAUCAGUCACAACUGAAAGAGCUUGAAACUAAACAAGAGAGAGAUAACAAGGAACUACGUACAAGUCAAGCGAAGCAAUCGAUGGAGUCCAGCAAAGGAGUUCUGAAUGACAAAUCCAUUAAAAACAAAGCUGAGAGAGACAGGAGAAUAAGAGAACUUAAUGAAAAUAAUACAAAGAAAUUUAUAGAAGAAAGAAAACGGUUAGCCAUGAAGCAUUCCAGACAAGUUGAUGCCAUGAAGAAGAUUCAUAGCCAACAAAUAGAGGAUUUAGAAAAGCAGAAUGAGAAAGCAUUGGAAGCAGUAGAAAUGAUGCACCAGGAAGCAAAGCUUGCCUCAAAACCUGAAGCAGUUGUGUAA